AGAUUUAUAUUCGUAGAACUAGCUAGUGUUAGUCCUGUUGAAGAAUACGUGGAUUCAGGAAUCGGAUUGCUCAAAUAAUAUAAAGAGUAAACCAUGGGUAAAGACGAGAAAGAAGACUCCGGCUUUGGCUUCAAGGACAAGGCGAAGGCAGAAGAGACCCUGAAGCUUCUAGAACAACAUGACCCUAAUUACCGGCGGCUCACUGUGCGGGGGCUGCUGGGUCGCGCGAAGAGGGUACUUUCCUUAACAAAGGCUGAAGAUAAAAUUAAGAACAUCAAAGAAGCGAUGGAGGUGUUCGAGAACUGGCUGGCGGAGCUGGACGCGGGCAAGGAGAAGAAAUCUGAGAAGAAGAGAGAAGAAAAGAAGGCAGAGAAGAAGGAAGAUAAAGAUUCUAGCUCCGACGUGGAAAUGGAGGACAAAGACGAGAAGAAGCUGCCAGCAGACAAGGUCCCAGGGCUGGGCUUCAAGGACAAGGAGGCGGCAGAAGGGACCCUCAAGGCUCUGAAGGGCCGGGACCCCGACUACCAGCAGCUGGCCGUCAAGGGGCUGCUCGGGAGUGCCAAGCGUGUGCUUACUUGCACUCGGGACGAAAGCAAGCUCGCCAACAUCAAGGAAGCCAUGUCCAUCUUGGAGAAGUUCCUCGACGAUUUCGACACAAACCACCUGAGCAAGCAGAACAACGCGUACCUGAGUCUGGGCAUCGUGAGAACUGCGGAGAAGUCCGCUGGUGACGCCGUUACUAAACAGCAGAGAGCCUUCAUAGCAGCUUACAGCUCCGUGAACGGGGAGUACAAGCGCCUGCGCACCGUGGAGGAGAAAGAGGGAGGCAAGACCUGGGACAUCGUGAGGAACGCCGCGCUCAAAGACCUGAAGGAAAAGCACGCCAACACAAAACUCUUCAACGACAAAGACGAACCUACCGCCGAACACCUGGAACUCCUACUGUGGGCCUACUCACCUGAAGCGGCUAAGGUCAAGAAGGUUGUGCCAGAGACUAAAGAGUCCAAAGAGGACCGGAAGAGGAAGAGCAGCGGCGGUGACGAAACUCCUAGUAAAAAGAAAAAAGAAUAACGGCAAGGUUUUUGAGCAAAAUAAUGUUUUUUUUUUUAAAUGGGGGGAACAAAUUUGAAUAAAAAUAAAAAUGACGUUGUUGUAAAUGCAGGCAUACAUACAUACAUAUAAUCACGCCUAUUUCCCGGAGGCAGAGACCACGGAUUUCCACUUGCUACGAUCCUGACAUACCUUUUUCGCUUCCUUCACUUUCAUAACAUUCCUCAUACACGCUCGCCGGUUUAGGGUGCUCUUGACCUGGCCUUUCUUCAGGAUUUCCCCGAUCUGAUCAGAGAAAGUCCGCCGAGGUCUGCCCCUUCCAACUCCCGUUUCUACCUCUCCCAUUUCAGUGCAGGCAUUUAAACUGGCAUGAAAGAAGGAACUACAUUUAAGUCCGUGUUAAGCUCUGGAUAGCGGUGCUUUCUCCAUGUAAAAUAAUACGGCUAAAUAUGGAUGGAGUAGUAUUUUGAUGGCACUGCUAUCCUAGCCUCCUCCUAAGGCCUAAGGUCCUACCUAUAGUACUUCUCAGUUCGGUGAAAUUUAAACCAUAUUCAAUUGGAACAAAGUUGCAUUUCUUUUGUUUUGGUAAAUUUUCAAACAAAUAAAAAUCAACUCUAUUCCCUGCUAUAUAUAGGUUCUAAUUUCAGUGGCAAAUUUUGGGAGUUUCAUUUGUAUGGCUGGGCUAAGUUCGACGUGUUGCCUCCCU